AUGCUGAGUGUUUGGAACUUGAAAAUCAAUUCUACUACUACUACUACUACUACUACUACUACUACUACUACUACUACUACUACUACUACUACUACUACUACUACUACUACUACUACUACUACUACUACUACUACUACUACUACUACUACUACUACUACUACUACUACUACUACUACUACUACUACUACUACUACUACUACUACUACUACUACUACUACUACUACUACUACUACUACUACUACUACUACUACUACUACUACUACUACUACUACUACUACUACUACUACUACUACUACUACUACUACUACUACUACUACUACUACUACUACUACUACUACUACUACUACUACUACUACUACUACUACUACUACUACUACUACUACUACUACUACUACUACUACUACUACUACUACUACUACUACUACUACUACUACUACUACUACUACUACUACUACUACUACUACUACUACUACUACUACUACUACUACUACUACUACUACUACUACUACUACUACUACUACUACUACUACUACUACUACUACUACUACUACUACUACUACUACUACUACUACUACUACUACUACUACUACUACUACUACUACUACUACUACUACUACUACUACUACUACUACUACUACUACUACUACUACUACUACUACUACUACUACUACUACUACUACUACUACUACUACUACUACUACUACUACUACUACUACUACUACUACUACUACUACUACUACUACUACUACUACUACUACUACUACUACUACUACUACUACUACUACUACUACUACUACUACUACUACUACUACUACUACUACUACUACUACUACUACUACUACUACUACUACUACUACUACUACUACUACUACUACUACUACUACUACUACUACUACUACUACUACUACUACUACUACUACUACUACUACUACUACUACUACUACUACUACUACUACUACUACUACUACUACUACUACUACUACUACUACUACUACUACUACUACUACUACUACUACUACUACUACUACUACUACUACUACUACUACUACUACUACUACUACUACUACUACUACUACUACUACUACUACUACUACUACUACUACUACUACUACUACUACUACUACUACUACUACUACUACUACUACUACUACUACUACUACUACUACUACUACUACUACUACUACUACUACUACUACUACUACUACUACUACUACUACUACUACUACUACUACUACUACUACUACUACUACUACUACUACUACUACUACUACUACUACUACUACUACUACUACUACUACUACUACUACUACUACUACUACUACUACUACUACUACUACUACUACUACUACUACUACUACUACUACUACUACUACUACUACUACUACUACUACUACUACUACUACUACUACUACUACUACUACUACUACUACUACUACUACUACUACUACUACUACUACUACUACUACUACUACUACUACUACUACUACUACUACUACUACUACUACUACUACUACUACUACUACUACUACUACUACUACUACUACUACUACUACUACUACUACUACUACUACUACUACUACUACUACUACUACUACUACUACUACUACUACUACUACUACUACUACUACUACUACUACUACUACUACUACUACUACUACUACUACUACUACUACUACUACUACUACUACUACUACUACUACUACUACUACUACUACUACUACUACUACUACUACUACUACUACUACUACUACUACUACUACUACUACUACUACUACUACUACUACUACUACUACUACUACUACUACUACUACUACUACUACUACUACUACUACUACUAUUACUACUUUUAGUACUACACCUACGACUUCUAUCACUACUACGACUACUACCUUAGUAAUAUUUGAUCAACUGGUAGUGCAAAAUAAAACAAAAACAAUACGGGAAGCUUUAUUCUUAGAAAGUAAAUAUAGUUAUAAACCACGUGCAAUUUUUUUGAACUCAUAA